CCAGCGCCAGCGCCAGAAAGGCUUGAAGAAGUUGCGCGCUGCGUUCGAAAGGAAGGCUGGGCGGUGGAGCAGAAAGAGACGCAAUGGGGGCUUCUCGGGGCACACGCAGAGCUUGCCUAAUCCUGGGACAACAUUCCGCAGAUCCAAGGUUUCAGCGUUGAACCAGAGGAAGGAAUGAGAGGACAGCCAGGGCAUUCAGAAACCGACCGGCAGAGAUAAAUGUCUAAAAUCCUCUUGAAGGCCAGCAGAGAGGAGUUCACUGGCACGUUGGUCGGGCCAUCCUAGUCCUCUUCCGUUGACGCUGGCUGGCUGCUGCUCCCUCACCUCGGGCCAAGGAAGGCCCUUCAGAGCCCUCCGGCACGCUCCAAACGCCGAGACUGGAUUCGGCGCUUCCUUUGCUUGAGGAAGCGUUGCGUUCUUCUGAGCUGAAAGACCCCCCCCCCCACGCCAACAUGCUGAUUCUCCUGGCAUUUAUCAUCGUCUUCCACAUCAGCUCAGCUGCACUCUUGUUCAUCUCUACAAUUGAUAACGCCUGGUGGGUCGGUGAUGGCUUUUUCAUAGAUAUCUGGCACCAAUGCUUCAAUGAGACGAACUGCACCGCGCUGGAUGAGACCCUUCCAGAUUACCCAGCCCUCCAGGCAGUCCAAGCCACGAUGGUCCUGUCGACGAUUCUUUGCUGUGUGGCCUUUUUCGUCUUCAUCCUCCAACUCUUCCGCCUCAAGCAAGGGGAGCGAUUUGUCUUAACGUCCGUCAUCCAGCUCUUGGCCUGCCUGUGCGUCAUGAUCGGGGCUUCCGUCUACACCGACCGGCACGCGGAGCUGCACCAGGGUCCCCCCUACGAGCAAUUCGACGUGAAGAGCGGCCGGUUUGGAUAUUCCUACAUCUUGGCUUGGAUCGCUUUCGCUUUCACUCUGCUCAGCGGCCUCAUGUACCUCAUAUUAAGGAAGCGCAAAUAGAAUGGCCGCCGCUGCUAGGCAGGGAGAGGACGAGGAACCCCCCGCCCCCACCCCCGAAAGCUGUCCUUGCAGUGCUGGAAUUCCAGUCCCUCUUUUGUAAAUAGAAGUGUUUUGUAGUAAAGUUGUUGCUUGUUCCUUUCCCCCGUCCUCGGUGUGGAAUAACAAGGCCAGUGGGCGGAAAAGAAAGAAGCCGGUGGGCUGGCGCUUCUCGCGCAGGGCUCCAAGCGGCCAGCCAGCCGGGCCCACGGCUCGGGUGACUAAGUGCCCCGGGCACGCCGCUCCUCCUCCUCCGGCUUCUGUGGCUUCUCUUGUUCUGCAGCCCUCCGAACCACCGCCCUGCUACUCGGCAUUAACAAAAGAUGGGGGCGGGGGUCUGAUUGGGACUGGCAGCGUGCAGUAUACCCCAGUGUUCGUAGAUCUGUAGCCAGUCCCCAGCCAACUGGAAGCCGGGUUCGCUUUUACGACAUGUGAAGGGAGAGAUCCCCAAAGCCCACGUUCUUCUCCCCCCCAGCUUGAAUUCUGUAAAACGCUGCGUGCUUCCAUCUCGCCACUGGCAGUUUUGCCAGCCGAGGGAGGAAGAACCUGAGAGACGAUGGGUGCCGCCGUAGCACAUUUCAGUGCCUUUCUGGGUGCCCGUGCCAAUCUGUGCCCUGCUGCACCUGGCGCAGUGGCACGCCCACGCUGGGGCAGCAGAACGUUCCGCUCUUCCCGGUGCACGGGGAAGGCCCUGCCCGGCGGCCAGGAGGAUCCCUUCCCCAAGCCGAGUCAGUUCCUCCGAGAUUCUCAAGUGCGUCCUGACCUACCUCAGCACGUGCCACGUUACUCGCAGCCUUGAUCUACAGCUGGAGCGUUUUUCUUUUAAUCUCUGGCACGGAGUCAAGACGGCUUCACCUGGCCAAAUUCUCAGCUCAGCUCCACAACGCUGGCGUAGGACUCCUUCCUGUUUUGUCCUUUUCCCCGUUUUCUGAGGACCUUCAACAUUCCUUGUGAAUGCGUCGUGGGAGGAAGCCGAGCCCCGGGCCCCCGUUGAAGCAGCACGCCCCGGAGCAGACGACGGAGCUGCUCUCCACCUAACGGGACCUGGAGACGGCUGCCUGUCCACGCAGGGAGACGCUGGACGAUGGGCUGGCGUGUUGGCCAGGGCGGGCUGGAUUGUGUUUUUGCAAGCCUGCAAGGCCACAGAACCACCGGCAUUCUUGUGGACAGAUUUAAAUGCUAGAUUUAAAUGAACAAACUGCUUUGACGCAAGACGCUUGGUUCACAGCUGGGGGAAGGAGAGUAGGUGCCAAGUUACCAAAGUGGGAACCCUGAGCUGCUGCUCUUAGAGAUCACCUUUGACCAGGCACUUGGCUCUUUUCACAGGCAGCCGCCACCACAUCCCUCCUUACCGCCUGCACAGCUCCUAACCGCCAUCGAUCAUCUCACUCUAGAUGAAACCCUGUUGUUUGUACCAUAUCAUUACCGAUUCCAAUGUUGCUCUAAAGUCAGCGUUCCUCAACUUUCUAGCUAGGAAAUGAGCUCUACAGAAUUAAUUGGGGCUUCUUUAUGAACACGAAGAACAGGAUCAACCAGCAUGAAUGACAGAUGUUAUCUGCUUUAUAAGCAGCCACUACGCUAAGUGUGCAGACGGCAUCAGGAUCUCCGUAAGCAGAUAUCUGGCGUGAGAGAAUGAGUUUAUCUUAACCGAAAUAGCAUCCUCAGGCAUGUGUGGGAAGGAAAUGUUGGAAGAAAACUCAGUUCCGGCUAGAGAUACCCUCAUCCUCUUUGGCCUUUAACGCUGCCCAUUUCCACGGCUUCCUUCUUUCUCAAUGACCCCUUGUUCUCCCCUGUGCCCUCUUCCCAGACCAUCAGGUGACUCUUCGUCAUCCUGUAGCUCUACACAGGCUUUAAAAAUAAGCUUGUGCCACUGGUGAAUCUUUAUUCAGAACAACUAACUCCCCUGGUGAUUUUAUCGUUUGAAUUUAUAUUUAUGUAAAAAAAAAAAA